AUGUCAAAAGACGAAUAUAGUGUGGUCGUCGAAAUGGACGACGAUACACCUCCACCUGUUAGAGAAGAAUUGGAGUUUCAAGAUUUUUCUUCUGGAUCUGAUGUUGGUGGAAAAAUUGUACAAGAUAAUAAACAGACCACGACAGAUCGUACUGGGUUCAAUGAUACAGGAUUUUAUGAUCCACAUAGAACAAUUAGAACAGAAUCUCAAGGUGGCUCGUACCCAUUAUGGUCAAUUGAAUAUUACGCUCAAUAUUUUGAUGUUGAUACAGCUCAAGUGAUCGAACGAGCUUAUAAAAGUUUAUAUCCAAAAGAUGAUUUUGUCAAUGUUGUUGGUUCAAAUCCUGAUUUGUAUGGACCAUUUUGGAUAACAACAACUGUAAUAUUUUUGCUUUUUGUAACUUCAUCAAUCGCUAGUUCUAUUGCAGCCUUUAUGUCAGACGAAGCCCCCACUUAUGAUUUUAAACUUCUUUCAUUUGGAGUAGCAGCGCUAUAUACUUAUACUUUUGGUAUAUCAUUAUUGGUAUGGAUUACUUUAAAAUAUUUUGGGUGUAAACCUUCGUUUUUAGAUAUUGUUGAUUUAUACGGUUAUGGAUUAACUAUUUGGAUUCCAAUUUCUAUUGUUUGUGUUGUUCCUCAUGAAACUUUAAGAUGGUCAAUGGUUGCCAUAGGGUUUAUGAUUUCAGGAUUCUUCAUGUUAAAAAAUUUAUAUCCAGUAAUAUUACGUGCAGAUGCAAAAACUACAAGACUUUUGUUGAUUUUUGUAUUAGGAAUUCAUGCAGCUUUUGCUUUAUUACUUAAAUUUGAAUUUUACUCAUAUCAGCUUAAUAAAGGUAAAGAUGUUCCAGAUGCUUAA